AUUGCAGGAAAAACACUGUCAUUACUCGGUUCGUAGUGCUUAUCGGUUAUGUGUGAACGAACUCAUUGACGUGUCACAUCUUCGCAGGUCGGGCAAUUGGUCUGGAAUUUGGAGACUCAAAGUUCCACCAAAAGUGAAGAACUUGGUUUGGCAUAUGUGUCGAGGUUUUUCGCCCACCCGGAUUAGACUACAUGAUAAAGGGGUUCAUUGUCCAACUGACUGUGUAAAUUGCAAUUUUGGUCAGGAAGAUUUUGCUCAUCUGUUCUUUUCAUGUCCCUUUGCGAUUCAAGCAAAACAUAUGGUUAUGCUAUUUUGGAGUUUAUGGAAACGCCCUAAUAUAAUGGUUUGGGAGGAUGUUACGGAGUCAUGUGCAGAUGCGAUUGAAAGAGUUAAAGUUAUGCUAGAUGAUUGGGAGUUCGCUAACAGUUUGCGAACAGAUAUGCAGCUCGCAACUCAGCCUGCACCACACGGUCUGCAGCAACAGGCUGCUGCUGUGAACAGAUUAGCUGUUGUUCUUGCGGCAUCUGCUACUGCUGAACCGCAACAGAUCAAAUGGCAGCCCCCUGCGAGUGGUCGUUUGAAAUGUAACAGUGACGCGGCUUUUUCUAUACCCCAUAACUGCAUCGGUGUUGGCAUUUUCUUGCGAGAUGACGAAGGAACUUUUGUCCUUGCCACAACUGUGAACUUUGAAGGUGUGUACUCUGUUGAGGUGGGAGAAGCUUUAGGUUUGUUCCAUGCUAUUCAAUGGUUGAGUGAUAUGCAAAUGGACAACAUUGAUUUUGAAGUAGAUUCAAAAAUCACGAAAGAUGCUUUUAUUGCUAGACGAGAUAAUAUAUCUGAAUUUGGGCACAUUGUUGAAGCGUCUCGUUCUAUGUUUCAUUCCAAAUUUUCUAACUCUCGGGUGGAGUUUGUUAGGCGACAAGCCAAUGUGGUAGCUCAUAUUCUCGCUAGAGAGACCACAUUAAUAGCUAGUGCCGUAGUUUAUUAUGCUAUACCCAACUGUAUUGAAUCUUCGAUUAUAAAUGAAAGACUUAAAUAUGCAAACCGUCCCUGUAAUUUGAGCGCAUUUUGAUU